CGAGAAACGAACGAAUACGUGACAUUUGACAUAUGACAGAAGAGUGGUAAAAAAAUUUGACACAUUCGUCGAAAGAUGAUCGAACGUAGUUGUAAAAUUUCUAGUUCCAAACAAAUAUCAUGUCGCGUUGAAGUGAAAGCGUGCUAAAACAACCAAAUCUUAACCAAAUCCCAUUUACCGAUCAGUCGAUAAACAAAUCGGGUUCAUUAUGUGGCGCGAAUCGCACGCGUAAAUCGUCGAAUAUGCGCCCGAAAGACACGGCAAGGUUGGCUAUCGAAAUGCAUCGUUAAUUCCGUUCGAAAUAAAAUAAAAACACUGAAUUUAAAAUGGAUUACGAAUUGGAGGUGUUCGAAGUGUACGACGACAGCGACCAGCAGACCUCGAAAAGACAUUCGAAGCACACGAGGAAAAAGUGCAAGCAAAAACAGAAAACGGCCGUUUUGGGUCUGGAAGGCGGCGAUAACGACCUCAGCAAAUCGAAAAAUAGCGUUUUAGGCAGCGACCGCAGGCAUUUGAGUCUCAGAGAAUCGAUCUUGAGCGUUUUUACUAAACUGGUUGUGUGGAGAGACCAAAGGAGAUAUCAGACAACCGUUCCUGAUCGAAUCGAUUCACCUCAUACUUCCAAAGACUUCCGAAAAGGUUACAUACCUUGUGAUAAUCAGAGAAGAAUCCACGCAAAUGAUCGAAAUUUUAACUCCCAAUUUCGCUAUGCUAGUAAUUACAUAAAAACCUCGAAGUACUCCCUGCUGACGUUCCUGCCGUUGAACCUGUUCGAGCAGUUCCAGCGCCUGGCGAACUUCUACUUUUUGUGCCUUUUGGUGUUGCAGCUGAUACCAGCUAUCAGCAGUCUCACUCCCGUCACCACAGCGUUACCUCUCAUCGGUGUACUCGGACUCACUGCCGUCAAGGACGCAUACGAUGAUAUCCAACGUCAUAUAUCGGAUUCGCACGUCAACAACAGAAAAUCGCGGGUGGUCCGAAAAGGCCAAUUGGUCAAAGAAAAAUGGUCGGCAGUCCAAGUUGGAGACAUCAUCAGAAUGGACAAUAAUCAAUUUAUAGCGGCCGAUGUGUUAAUUCUAACCUCUAGCGAACCGAACGGUCUGUGUUACAUUGAAACGUCCGAAUUAGACGGCGAGACGAAUCUAAAAAUUCGCCAAUGCUUAGUGGAAACGGCCGAAAUGGGCCAGGACGACGGCUCGCUCGGCGAAUUCGACGGCGAAAUCAUCUGCGAGAUGCCCAACAAUCUGUUGAACAAAUUCGAGGGCGUGCUCGUGUGGAAGGGCAAAUCGUAUUCGCUCGACAACGACAACAUCAUGCUGAGAGGCUGCGUCCUCAGGAACACCCAAUGGUGCUACGGCGUCGUCAUAUUCGCCGGCAAGGAUACCAAGUUGAUGCAGAACAGCGGCAAGAGCAAAUUCAAACGCACCAGCAUCGACAGGCUCCUUAAUUUUUUAAUCAUAGGUAUAGUAUUUUUUUUAUUGUCCAUGUGCCUUUUCUGUAUGAUCGCCUGCGGUAUAUGGGAGUCGCUAGUCGGCCAGUACUUCCAAACGUACCUCCCGUGGGACAGCCUGGUGCCUUCUGAGCCGCUGGGCGGCGCCACCAUCAUAGCCCUGUUGGUGUUCUUCUCCUACGCCAUCGUCCUGAACACGGUGGUGCCCAUAUCGCUGUACGUUUCGGUCGAAGUGAUCAGAUUCGUUCAGAGCUUCCUGAUCAAUUGGGACGAACAGAUGUACUAUGAUAAAACGGGCACGCACGCCAAAGCCAGGACAACCACACUAAACGAAGAAUUAGGCCAAAUAGAGUACGUGUUUUCGGACAAAACCGGUACUCUAACGCAAAACAUAAUGACGUUCAACAAAUGCUCGAUCGCCGGUCAAUCCUACGGCGACGUGAUCGAUCAGAGAACCGGCGACGUGAUGGAGAUCACCGACGACACCGAAUCGUUGGAUUUCUCGUUCAAUCCGAACUACGAACCUGAAUUCAAAUUCUACGAUCGCAAUCUACUCGACGCCGUCCGCCGACGAGACACGAGCGUCUACAGCUUCUUCAGAUUGCUGGCGCUCUGCCACACCGUCAUGUCCGAACAGGCCGACGGCAAGCUCGAAUACCAAGCGCAAUCGCCGGACGAGGCGGCUCUGGUAUCGGCCGCGAGGAACUUCGGUUUCGUGUUCAAAGAGCGCUCGCCCAACAGCAUCACCGUCGAGGUGAUGGGCGUGAAGGAGGUGUACGAGGUGCUGUGCAUACUCGACUUCAACAACGUGCGAAAGCGGAUGUCGGUGAUAUUGCGCAGGGACGGGAAGUUGAAGUUGUAUUGCAAAGGCGCCGACAACGUCAUCUACGAGCGACUGAAACGCGGCCAGGACGACGUCAAGCACAAGACGCAAGAGCAUCUUAACAAAUUCGCCGGCGAAGGUUUGAGAACGUUAGUGCUGGCCUCUUGCGAUUUGGACGAAGUGUAUUUCAAUAACUGGAAGCAGAGGCAUCAAGAAGCCGCCGUAUCUAUGGAGGAUAGAGACGAGAAACUCGACGCGCUCUACGAGGAAAUCGAAAAGGAUUUAGAACUCAUAGGAGUGACGGCGAUCGAAGAUAAACUACAAGACGGCGUACCACAAACUAUAGCCAAUCUGAUAUUGGCCAAUAUCAAAAUAUGGGUCCUCACCGGCGACAAACAAGAAACCGCCAUCAACAUCGGCUACUCGUGUCAACUGCUCACCGACGAACUGGUCGAUCUAUUCAUCGUCGACGCUUCGGGCUUCGACGAGGUGCAACAGCAGCUGUUGAAGUUUCGCGACAACAUCAAAAUCGUCCACACGUUCCAUCCGAGACCGCGCACUCCGAACGACCACAAUUCCACGUCGAACGGUCGCGUCGAAAUCGGCAACGGAUCCGGCGCCAACGUCCAAUCGACGCACUCGAUGAGCCCGCCCGCCGUCAGCGUCGUCACGUUCAGCGCGGAGUUGGGUUAUCACGACGACGUGGGCGAGGCGGCGCCGCACGAGGAGACGCCCGGCGGCUUCGCGAUCGUGGUGAACGGGAACUCGCUGGUGCACUGUCUGCAUCCGCAGAUGGAGCGGUUGUUUCUGGAGGUGGUGAUGCAAUGUAAAUCGGUGAUCUGUUGCCGGGUGACGCCGCUGCAGAAGGCGCUGGUGGUCGAAUUGGUGAAGAAGAACAAGCAGGCGGUGACGUUGGCGAUCGGCGACGGUGCCAACGAUGUGUCGAUGAUCAAAGCUGCGCAUAUUGGUGUGGGGAUAUCCGGUCAGGAAGGGAUGCAAGCGGUGUUGGCGUCCGAUUAUUCCAUUGCGCAGUUUAGGUUUUUGGAAAGGUUGCUGUUGGUGCACGGUCGAUGGUCUUACUACAGGAUGUGCAGUUUUCUCAGGUAUUUCUUCAACAAGAACUUCGCCUUUACGUUGUGUCACUUUUGGUACGCCUUUUUCUGCGGUUUCAGCGCUCAGACCGUAUUCGAUCCUAUGUAUAUAUCAAUUUACAACUUGUUUUACACGUCGUUGCCCGUCCUAGGAGUCGGCAUCUUCGAUCAAGACGUCAACGACAAAAACAGCGUGCUGUUUCCCAAAUUGUAUACGCCCGGUCAUUUGAAUCUCUUCUUUAACAAAAAGGAGUUUUUCCGAAGCGCCUUACAAGGUUGUUUCGUUUCGAUGGUGCUCUUUUUCAUUCCGUUCGGUACUUAUUACGACGCCGUCGGUCCAAACGGACACGGUUUGUCCGACUACAUGUUAUUUUGCAGCGUAACAGCCGCCAUACUCGUUAUCGUUAAUACAGCACAGAUCGCUUUGGACACGAUGUAUUGGACGGUGUUCAAUCACAUAAUGAUCUGGGGCUCUCUGGCCUUCUACUUCGUCGCCGAUAAUUUCUACAAUUACAUCUGCCACGGGCCGUACGUCGGAUCGCUGAUCAAGGCGAUGUCCGAGGCGAAUUUUUGGUUUACCACCGUCCUGGUCGUCAUUAUAUCCAUCAUGCCGGUGUUGGCGUGGAGAUUCUACUUCGUCGACGUCCGACCCACGUUAUCUGACAGGGUGCGACUCAAGCAAAGAAUGGCGCAGAUGCGCACCAGGCACAGCCUGGACGUGCUGAGGACGCCGUCGGCGCGGCGCGUGCGCCGUUCGAUCCGAUCCGGUUACGCGUUCGCCCAUCAAGAGGGCUUCGGCAGGCUCAUCACCUCCGGGAAGAUCAUGCGCAAGUUGCCCAAUCCCGAAUUCAGCAUACCGAGCAUCAUGAACAAAUUGACCAUGACAGGCGGCAACGACAACCAUCAUCAUCAUCAUCAUCAGCACAACAAGGCGGCUACGAGUAGCGCCGGCGGCGGCGCCGCCGCUUCAGACGGUAGCAGUAGCGGUGGAGCUGGAAGAGCGCCGAUCCAGGACUUGGAUACGAUAAAUCUAUGACGAAGGCGCUCCGAUUAGUCGAAGAGAUGCGAUUUUUAAAUGUUUUUUUCCUGCUACUUAAGUAUCUAAAAGUAUUGUUUUGCGGUUGUUUGAUUGUACAACUUGGGAAAUAUCGGGGGAUCGUCGAAUGUGAAUGUUUCGUGCUCGGACAAUUCCGCUGCUGUGAUGAUGUGAUAGAAAAUGUUUUCGUUUUUUUUUGGUUUUUUUUAGAUUGGCUAAAAUUGUGUUCGAUGAUGAUGAUUUGUACGAUCGUGCCUUGAAAGAAUUAUUUUAUUUGAUAAUCGGUUGAAAAUGUUUCAUAGUUUGGUUCACGAGAAACUUAGAUUAAUAUCACGCGUUGUUAAUGGUUAAUGGUCUCAUCUAAUCAAAAUAGGAAAAUUUAUAAUCGAUUUUCCUGUAUUGAUCAUUUUAUCUAUCAGCAAAAGUACAUACUUAAGCAAGGAAACUGUGAUAAUAGAUUAUUUAAUUAAAUAAAGGUUUUUGUGCAGAGUGCGGGGCAAAAUCCGAGCUACUUGUACUUAAGUUAUGCAUUUUAAAUAUAAGAAUUUUUAAUUGUUUCGCUAAUGGUAGUAUGUUUUAAUUAGUAAGCGAUAUAAACUACCUAUUAAAGGUAAACUGUAGGUAAAUCUUAUUCAUUCUGUUGAAAUAUACUUAUUGAAAAAUAAGAAAUUAAUGUUUCGGAAUUGAAGAUUUAUCGACUUGACAAAUGAUAAAAGGAAGUUCUUUGAUCAUAAUUAUCUAUUAUCAGAUUUAGAAUUUGUAAGAAAAUAAAAAAAAAAUUAUCAUGACGAAAAGAAAUAUCCGAAAAAAGAAACAUUCACCUUUUGCGAUUUCGUAUCGAUAAAAUUGUUACAUUUUUUUUAUAAAUCUUGCACUUUUUUAUGUUUUGUUUAUAUUUGUAGAUAUUGUUGAUAUUUAUAAGAUUAUACGAAUUUUUCCAAAAUUUUCGCCGUUUCCCUGUGGAUCUCAUUCUUAUUACCUUUUUUAAAUACACUUAAUUUUUUUUGAGGACAUUUUGAAAACUUUAAUCUUGGAAUAAUUUGUAUAACCAUUAAAGAAAGUUUAUUUGCUAAUAUGUAAGUAAGUACUUGCUAUGUGAUUUUUUUUUCACUUAAGAGAGGUUAGAUAUUAAAAUUAUAACAUGUACAGUAUGAGACCAUUUUACGUUUUUUAGAAUUUAAAUGUUAAGCUUCUACUAGUCAAGAGAAAGUAUGUUUAAAUGUUACAAUUUGAGAAAGUAUUUCUUUAUUACCGAGUUAUUUAAGAUAAUAUGCUUUUCGUUUUUUUAUUAAAAAUAAACUUUAUUUUUUCUGUA